GUUCUCUCAGUGUGGACUCGUAGUUCAUCUUCUGUGAUGAUUGCCAUACUGUCUGCUUAUCUGUUUAAUCCUUUUCCUUUGAAACUCCAUCAUUCUCUUGGUUAUUGUACCAACGACCGGUUACUAAUUUAGUAACAGAGUAACUAAUGUUUUAGAACUAGAGAUGGAGCUAUUCCUGGUGAUAAAGGGGCCUCCAAUCACCUUGUGGUUACGCUUCAAUCCUAUCUCUCAGUUGCCUGUUUUCUUUGCUAGCUUGUUCAGUAUGGAUGGAGACUUUGCACCAAUAGUUGAGCUUGUGAAGCUACGCAGGAAGCAUGGUUUUUUGUUGGCAAUUGACGAUGCUCAUGCAACAUUGGUUUGUGGCAAAACUGGUGGUGGUGCUGCAGAGAAGUUCAAGUGUGAAAAUGAUGUUGACAUUUGCAUAGGCACUUUAAGUAAGGCUUCUGGUUGCCAUGGUGGAUUUAUAGCCUGCAGCAAGAAAUGGAAGCAACUGAUACAGUCAAGGGGUCGCUCUUUCAUAUUUUCAACUUCUACUCCGGUACCAAUUGCUGCAGCAGCACACGCUGCUGUUAAUGUAGCAAAACAGGAGACAUGGCGUAGAAAGGCCAUUUGGAAUCGGGUACUAGAAUUCCGUGCCAUGACAAGAAUUCCCAUUACUAGUCCCAUUAUUUCCCUUAUUGUAGGGAGUGAAGUGAAGGCCUUGGAAGCUAGCCGGCAUCUUCUGAAAUCUGGUUUUCAUGUAACCGCUAUAAGGCCCCCAACAGUGCCUUCAAACUCAUGCAGGUUAAGGAUAGCUCUGAGUGCUGUGCACACGCGGGAUGAUUUGAGAAAGCUCGUAACUGCAUUGUCUGAAUGCAUCAAUUUUGAGGAGAUAGGAUUCAACUGUAAAAAUUAUUCAUCCAAACUGUGAUCCUAUUUGUUCCUUUAUAUAAUUGCUUAAGGCAUCUUUUUACUGAUAA